CCUUCCGGUUCACACGAGCCGCACGUGUGUAUCCUUUUCUCCUUCCCCGUCUCUAGCCCGAUUCUGUCUAGGGCUCCGUCUUCUUAGCUUCACAAAUCCUCUCUCUCUCUCUCUAUUGAUUCUGUUCAAAGAGGUGAUUUUGAGCCACCUUGAUCAGGAAGCUGAAGCUCGGAAACGGAAACGCUUAUCUCACCCGGUGUUUCGACUUUUGAUUCCUCUGGUGUUUCAGAUUCGAGGGUUUUUGUUCGUCGCUUGUUUGAGGUUCUUUAGUGUUUGAAUUUGAUGGAAGAUAGUGUGGUGGAUGAUGUUAUAAAGAGAUUAUUGGGGGCGAAGAACGGGAAGACGACGAAGCAGGUGCAGUUGACGGAGGCGGAGAUAAAACAUCUCUGUUCGACGGCGAAACAGAUCUUUCUGAGUCAACCAAAUCUUCUGGAACUCGAGGCUCCUAUUAAGAUUUGUGGAGAUACUCAUGGUCAGUUCUCAGAUCUCUUGAGAUUGUUUGAGUAUGGUGGCUACCCACCGGCUGCAAACUAUUUGUUCCUUGGGGAUUAUGUAGAUCGUGGGAAGCAGAGUGUAGAGACUAUAUGCCUCCUUCUAGCCUACAAGAUCAAAUACAAAGAGAAUUUCUUUCUUCUGCGAGGGAACCAUGAGUGUGCUUCUAUAAACCGCAUAUACGGAUUCUAUGACGAGUGCAAGAAGAGAUAUAGCGUUCGAGUGUGGAAGAUAUUUACCGACUGCUUUAAUUGUCUCCCUGUUGCUGCUCUUAUCGAUGAAAAGAUACUCUGUAUGCAUGGCGGGCUAUCCCCUGAGUUGAAGCACUUGGAUGAGAUCCGGAACAUCGCUCGUCCUGUGGACAUUCCUGAUCAUGGACUACUGUGUGAUCUGUUGUGGUCCGAUCCCGACAAGGACAUUGAUGGAUGGGGAGAGAAUGACAGGGGAGUCUCUUACACCUUUGGGGUUGAUAAGGUCGAGGAGUUUCUUCAAACACAUGACCUUGACCUAAUCUGCAGAGCUCAUCAGGUCGUGGAAGACGGGUAUGAGUUCUUUGCAAAUAGACAGCUAGUUACGAUAUUCUCAGCCCCAAAUUACUGUGGAGAGUUUGACAACGCAGGUGCCAUGAUGAGUGUGGAUGAUUCCUUGACAUGCUCUUUUCAAAUCCUUAAAGCAUCUGAAAAGAAAGGAAAUUUCGGAUUUGGCAAGAAUGCAGGAAGACGAGGAACCCCACCUCGCAAGGGUGGAAAAGGCUGAAGGCAAUAUCCCAUAAACAUUACUGUGUGUAUGCAAUGUUUCUUGGCUCAAAACACUUGCCUGAGCUCAAGUUAUCAUCAAACUGUCUUCUUCUGCUCUGAAUCACUUUUGGCAAGGGGUAUUCCUCCUGUAUUUUCCCUUAACUUUUUUUCUCACGGAGUGAAUAUGAAAUAUCUGACUUUAUAUAAUCUUUUGUAUCUUUGAGCUAUGUGAAUCUGAGAUAUUAUCUGUGA